AGUUGGGCUCGGGGGUUGGACCGGUCCGGCCCUGUGCUCACGUCUCUCCGGCUCAGCGGCCCGUCUCGGCACUCUGAUACUGCAGUAUCAACCUGUGUUGUUUCCGCUGUCGAUAUGCUGGAGAAGACACCUGUCUUAGACCGCUGGAACUUUGAUCGGACGGUCGAUGUCAGCGAGAACUGAUAGCAGAGAGGAGCCGCUGGAAUUCUCCGCGACCGGCUGAGACACAGUGCGGUGCCACCAGAGACAGUUGGUGUGGAGAGAAGUGUCAGGGCUAUUGUCAGCUCGUGACCCAGGGCGUGACACAGUGACAGGACGCGCUGCUGACCUGUUGACCUUCCGCCACGGCCGAAGAGGAGGAGUCAAAGCGUGAUCUUCUCUUGGAUUCUCCUAAUUCGCCAGCCCAGCGCCCGCUGCCUGUUCCCUCGACGGAGCCCUGAACGAUGGUGAUCGGCCGGGGAGCAUCUCCGGCCUGCUGGCUGGUGCCGGGACUGGUGCUGGUGCUCCUCUGUGGGGCACCAGUGAGCCGCGCCUGGAGCCACGGGCACUACUGGGCCGAGAGGAUCAGGGCUGCGCGCGCGGCCACCCUCGACACCCAUACUGUGACAGACCCGUCGUCUGAGCACGUGACCUACCACGGCUCGGGGGAGGCUCUGGAGCACGGCGGCGAGUCUAACGACACCGGAGGCGGCAUUACCAUCACCGAGGACCACCACCACAAGUCACACCACCCUCACGUGGCGCACGACGGCCAGUACACGUACUGCGUGGAGCGGGCGCCGCUGCACGAGAGCCACGGCAUCCACGUGGCCUCGUGGCGCUGGGACGAGGUGCGGCCCUACUACGCCAUCACCCUGUUCAUCGUCAUCGCUGGCCUCGCCAAACUCGGCUUUCAUCACGCCCAUUUCCUGUCUUCACGGGUUCCCGAGUCAUGUUUGCUCAUUCUGCUUGGUACCAUCAUGGGGACGCUCACCUAUCAUUUCAGACACCUGCCCGAAUCAGACCCAACUGACAGGGCCUGGGGAAAGGCCUUCUCACCAUCAACGCACGUGGAGAAGUUUCCCGACAUCCGCCUGCCGUCGGGGGGACCGAUGAUCGGCGCCUGUCAGACGGAGCGCAGCGCCUUCCUGCCCAACUUCGACUCGCACCUCUUUUCUUGGUGCUGCUGCCGCC